AUCCGAGUAAGUUUUUCCGAUUCAUUCCACUGUGGCUGUGUGGUGAUUUAAUUUUCGUUAUCUCCUCGUGCUGUCAUCUCGAUUUGUUUACUUGAUAUCAGAUAUGUGAGGAUUUCUUUUACAUCAAAAAAAUGAUUAUCAAAGUGUCAAAAAUCAUUAGCUGCUCGUCUGAGGAUCCAGCUUAUCCAGCCAGCAACUUGUUGGAUAAUCCGCCAAAAGCAGGAUGGCAUUGUGCGAAGCCAACCGAAGUCAUUGCCACUGUCAUACUGCAAUUAGCAGAGCCCUCCUGCAUAACCGGCUUGGAGAUUGGCAAUUACAGGUCGUGCAUUGUUGUGGUUGAAGCAUCUACCUCAGAGGAGCCUGACAAAUGGGUACCGGUUGUGAAUCAUCAAUUUUUGUCUCACGACGAGGCACUCAAUAACAAAUUCAGAGCUCAGGUACAGAUAUUUACUAAGCGAGAACUCAAUCCCGAUACUGUUAAGAUUAAGUUUGACAGAGUUAAAGUUACCUGUAUGCAAUCUGCUAAUCCCAGAGAAGUUUUUGGCUUGGAAUUCAUUUCAUUAAAAACUGAAGUUGUUGUGGAGAUAGGUUUGGAUGUAUUUGGUAGAUUUAAAUUGAAAGAAAAACAGGAUGGUCCAGGAUCUCUGAAAGAGAAGUAUUUCAGUGCAUUUGAAAAGAAGAAAAAUUACAAAGAAGAGCUAAAAAAUAAAAUUGCUGAACAAGGUGCGAGCAAUUUCAAUAAAAAGCAAGAAUCACGUACUGAACCAAAAAAGAGACCCUUGCUUGAUAAAUUAGAAGCUGAUAAUCAGGAACAAGAUAAGAAAAAAUCAGAUGAUCAAGAUAACUUAUUUGAUGAAUCCUUAUUACCAGACAAGAAUCAAAUAAAUUCUUCAGUGCCAAGAACUUUAUUUGGAGAUGUUAUUCCAAGUCCUAAGCAAACCAAAAAAACAACUAAUCAAACAGAUGUAAAAACAAAAGCGAAUUUAAAUGAUAGUUCAAGUAAAACUUCUCAUGAUUCUCCUAAAGUUUUGAAAAAUAAGGAAAAAGAAGAAUGUUCUAAAUGUAAUACUAAACCUGAUGAAUUGUGUACAAAAUGUAAUUUACUCAGGAAACCAAAAGCUUUAAAUCAAUCUCCAAAGCAUAAGAAACGAAAAAUAUCAAAACCAAAAAAACAGUUCAAUAAACUUUUUGAAGACAUCAAUUUUGCUUUGAGUGGUUAUAAGAAUCCUCAAAGAGAUGAAAUUCGAAAAAAGGCAUUAAAAAUGGGGGCCCAAUACAAUGCCAAUCCUAAUACAUCAAAUAACAAAUGUACUCAUUUGGUCAGUGCCUUUCCAAAUACUCCAAAAAUUCAGCAACUAAAAGGUUCUUGCAAAAUUGUAAGUCAUAAGUUUAUAGAAGAUUGUUAUGACAACAAAAAAAGGAUACCAUGGAGAAGAUAUGCUAUUGAUAGCAGAGAGAAAAACUUACCAGAGAGUGAAGAAGAAAUCGAAGGUACUACCUCUCCUAUCCGACAAGUCAGUGUUUAUGACCAAGAGACAGAAGAGUCCGAUGCAGAUUAUUAGAAAAUUGGCUUCAUUUAAGAUGGUGUGAAAAUUGUACAGUUAACAAAAUCUUUUAUUUUUAUAAUAAAUUUAUGCGA